AUGCCGUCCUUCUUCGUCCCAGGCCACCAUGGCCUGCCUACGCCUCCCCAUGUCAACGGUGGUCGUAUGGAAGACCCAUCAUUCUACCCAGUUGGUCACGCAGGAUUCCCUCCUCGCUACCACCAAAGCGGCAAUGAGUUCAUCGAACAAUACUCGCAGUCUCUGUGUUACGCCAAACCCACUUCGAUGAAUCUCCACCAGUCCGCCCAUCCGAUGAACACUGCUCGCGAUCAUCACAUGAUGAACCAGCAGCCCAUGUUCAACCCCAUGGUUGGCACUGGAUUGCCCUCAAUCCGCAGCAACGUCCAGCUUCCCCCCAUGGAUGCUACAAUGCCGCCUCACUACCGUCGACAGGAAGCCGCCCCGAUGCAACAGCAGCUCGAACAACCCCGCAAGGAGGAGAAAGCAACUGGAGGUGUCGCAGCUCACCUGGAUUAUGAGAUGGAUCGCAUGUCCGACUUUGUGGCAGAAAUGGCUCAGGGAAUGUAUGAUUUGUUCGAGACCAACAUCACCAUUGCAGAUAUUGACCUCGUGCGAAGCAUCUACCCAGGAUCUUCGGUUCCCCCCCAGUUUCGGAAAUACGUCUUUCAGAUUUUGUCCUCGACACGCCUCCCAAGUUCUACCAUUCUGCUCGGUCUUUUCUAUUUGGCCAGCCGUAUGCGCCUGGUGUCAGCCAAACGCGCCUUCACCAAGGCAGACAGUAGCCAAGUCUACCGCAUGUUGACUGUGGCUCUUCUGUUGGGCAGCAAGUUCCUUGAUGACAAUACCUUCCAGAACAAAUCCUGGGCUGAGGUUAGCAACAUCCCCGUUGCUGAGUUGAACCACAUGGAAUUGGAAUGGCUUUUUGCCUUUGACUGGAAGAUUCACGACCGCAUCUACGACAAGCAGGAUGGUUUCGCCUCGUGGCGCGCGCACUGGGACACCUGGCGGGUCAAGGCAACAGCUCGGACUCAGGAGUCUCGCCAGACUCUGGCACCUCUCGAGACCAACGUGGCCCGCAGCCAGGUUAUUAGCAAGCCCCUUAUGUCCCCCGAAGGCCCUAUCCCGCCGCAGUACCAGCGGAGCUCCCAAAUUGAGAACUCGUGGCUCAACCCGACCGCGUCCGAGUACUCGCCUCCCUCUGCCCUUUCCAGCGGGCCCACAACCCCCGACUACUACUCGGUUGGUCCUUGGGGUUACGCCAACCCGCCUCCACCUCCGCCCUACUCGCGGGGCUGGAACGCACCCUCACAGUACAUGGUUCACCCUGCACCUCGCUCCCAGCCUCCGUCCUAUCAUCACACUCCGGCGUACGGCUUGCCAUUCGCACAGAGUCUCUGGACGGGUCAUGGUUCGUCGUGCUGCUGCACCUACUGUGCCAAGCAUCUUGAGCACUACAUGUGCAACAAUGCAUUUCCCUCUAUGCAUCAGCCGAUGAUUGCAACCUAG